AUGGGAAUGAUGGUAUCACAGAACGAAGAUGGUUAUGGACAUGGUCGUGGUUACGUGGAGCUUUCAUCAACUGUCGAGGUUGCGAUACGAUCAAUUGAUGAUGACGUUUCUGAUGAUGUGUCAGUUAAAUUCGGCGUACCACCAAUGGAUGAGGAUGAUGAUACUUGUUUGAAUUUUGAUGAGACUGGUAGCGAUUUUGAUUAUGAUAAUGGUUGUCCAGAACUAGACAACUAUCUUGCUGAUCCGACGUACCAUCCAGGAUCGGAUGAAUAUGAUGAUGACUCCCGAGAAGUUCAUGAUAAUCAAGGUGGUUUUGGUUCGGCUGCUGCUGCUGAUCUUGUAUUGGAGCAGCCAGGGAAUAAAUGUCAAUUAUUAUUAUGUCUUAUUCAGUUUGUUAUUCUAUCGUUUCUCAUGUCAUAUAUUCAAUGUAUUAAUUUAGAUUGA